GAACACUGUUACUUUGCUGUCCAUAAGCUUUCCCGCUAAUUCCCACCACCCGUAUAAUAAAAGCCAAAAGGUGGGAGAAAGAAAAAUAAUACCAAUAAAAUAACAUGAAAGUAUUCACUUUUAACGUGAGCGCAUUUUAUGGGUGGUUGUACAGUUCACUCCUCACUUCAAAUCCAGUCAAGAAGUUCUUUAGGAUUCUUGUUUUGAUACUACUUUGAUUCAUUUCAUUUGCAGUAUUCAACUGAAUUCAUUGAAACCAUGGAGGGUGGAUUAAAGCCAAUGGAUUCAGAGCAAUUGAGGGAGUAUGCUCACCAGAUGGUUGACUUCAUCGCUGAUUACUACAAGAACAUUGAGAACCACCCUGUUCUCAGCCAAGUUCAGCCUGGUUACCUGCGUGAACUUUUGCCUGAAACUGCUCCAAUUCAUCCUGAAGCCUUGGAAGAUGUUCUUAGUGGUGAUUUUUCCGCUUUCUGUGUAAAUUUAUCCUGGUUGUGUGUUAUCACCUGGGUUUGUAUUUAACUUGUGGUACAUGUCAGGAGGAUGACUUUAUUUUCAAGUACAGCAAUUGAUACUAUUAAGUAUAGAACAGUUGGCAAGUAGCACUAAACUGUUCUAUACUAUUUAAGUAUAGAACAGUUGGCAAGUAGAGAUGAUAUAAGUGGGAGUAGCAUUGAUUUUUUACCAAUUCAUGUAACAAAUAAAUUUCUCUGAUAAGUUGAUUAUAGUAGUUUCUUACUUACUACUUAUUCAUAUGUAGUGCACAUGCAGAAUCAUAUUGACACAAGUGAAACAUUCUGUAUCUGCAGAUGUUCAGUCAAAAAUAUUUCCAGGAGUUACCCAUUGGCAAAGCCCAAACUUUUUUGCAUAUUACCCUUCCAAUAGCAGCAUUGCUGGAUUCCUUGGAGAAAUGCUCAGUGCAGGAAUCAACAUGGUAGGGUUUAGUUGGAUAACUUCUCCUGCAGCCACAGAACUGGAGAUGAUUGUCCUGGACUGGCUUGCCAAAGCACUUAACCUGCCUGAUGAUUUUCUAUCAACAGGUUUAGGUGGUGGUGUGAUACAGGGCACAGCAAGUGAAGCUGUUUUAGUAGUCCUUUUGGCUGCUCGUGAUAAAGUUCUUAGAAGUAUUGGAAAGGAUGCCCUUGGAAAGCUUGUAGUUUAUUCUUCUGAUCAAACUCAUUCAGCCCUACAGAAAGCCUGCCAGAUAGCAGGAAUUCACCCGGAGAACUGUAGGGUGCUGAAAACAGACUCCUGCGAUGAUUAUGCUCUCUCUCCUAAGGCACUUAGUGAAGCAAUAACGCAUGAUCUAUCAGUUGGCUUAGUACCUUUCUUCUUAUGUGCCACUGUCGGUACAACAUCAUCAACGGCUGUUGACCCAUUGCUUGCAUUGGCAAAGAUUGCAAAGGACAAUGGAAUAUGGCUUCAUGUGGAUGCUGCCUAUGCUGGCAGUUCGUGCAUAUGUCCAGAAUUUCGGCACUAUCUUGAUGGUGUUGAAGAAGCUGACUCCUUCAAUAUGAAUGCACAUAAGUGGUUCCUGACUAACUUUGAUUGUUCGGCCCUUUGGGUUAAGGAUCGAAGUGCUCUAAUUCUGUCACUGUCAACAAAUCCAGAGUUUCUCAAAAAUAAAGCUUCAGAGAGAAAUCUGGUUGUGGAUUACAAAGACUGGCAAAUUCCUCUUGGGCGCAGGUUUAGAUCGCUGAAAUUGUGGAUGGUGUUGAGACUUUAUGGACUGGAAAACCUUCAAGCUUACAUUAGAAAUCACAUCAAAUUGGCUGGACUCUUUGAAGAACUUGUCAAUCAAGACUCCAGAUUUGAGAUAGUAGCCCCACGGAAAUUUUCUCUUGUUUGCUUUCGGCUUCUGCAUCAGCAAGACGAUGAUUCUGCUAACAAAGUGAAUCAUGACCUCCUGGAUGCUGUCAAUGCAACAGGAAGGAUAUAUAUAUCUCACACAGUUUUGUCAAAUAAAUACACGUUGAGGUUUGCUGUUGGAGCUCCACUGACUGAAGAAAAACAUGUUGUUGAUGCUUGGAAGAUUUUACAGGAUGAGGCUUCAACUCUGUUAAGGUCUCUCUAAAGUAUAAUAAGCUCCUCCCCCCAGUUAAUCCAAUGCAAGGGAUAUGAUUUAUCCUCUUCCCUCUCUAUAUUCAAAUGCAAAUUUUUAAGGAUGGUAACGAAGAAAUCGGGGGCAGUACUCAUUUUAUUGGUCUGAUUGGUCACUGCAUUAAGAAUGCGGGGAAACUCUAAGAACAUUUUUGUUUCUAUAUCCAGCUGCUCCGCUUGUAGCCACAUUGUGACACUUUUAUACUCUGUUACUGCAUUUGGGUUUUUGCUUUCUCUGUAACUCGAUACAUAUGAUACUUGUGGGAUAACUCUCGUGUGCAUUGGGCAUCUUAGGUAGAAUAAUUUGGGAAAGAAUGAAUCUCUAGUAAGGAUAUUCAGCGGAAGAUGCUGUCCUUUUUUCUUUUUUUUUUCUCCCUAUCAGCAAGGCCUAAAAGGUUGUCUGGUUUAUAGUUAUAGCACAAAACCUACCUAUAUAUCCUAUUCUCCAAUAGCCUAAAAGUUGGCUGGUUAUGUGUGAGAUGAGUACUAGUACGUGGC